ACAACGAUUUAUCUUAUUUUUUACAAACUGGACUAACUAACGAAAAUUUCGAGUUUAAAUAUUGCGAUUUUAGGAAAAGUCACCUUCAGAUAGUCGUGCAAGAACUCACAUACUGGAGAUAAACAUAAUCAAUAAGAUGUACGAGGGAGGAGAGGAUUUAGUCACCAUCAAUGGUACUAUACAACGACUCAUAAACACACAGAUUGGUAAUACACUUCAUGAAUAUGAUGUUUGUGCUAGAGAAUUUAGUCCAAGUAGUGACUUUAAGAAACAGGAGAUAACACAUACAAGUGAAAAACGUUAUAAAUGUGAUGUUUGUGCUAAAGAAUUUGGUCGAAGUAGUCACUUAAAGAGACAUGUGAGAACACAUACAAGUAAAAAAAAUCAUAAAUGUGAAGUGUGUGCUAGAGAAUUCACCCAAGGUAGUGACUUUAAGAGACAUGCAAGAACUCACACGGGUGAAAAACCUUAUAAAUGUGAUAUUUGUGCUAGUGAAUUUUCUCGAAGUGGUGACUUAAAGAGACAUUUGAGAAGACAUACUGGUGAAACACCUCAUAAAUGUGAUGUGUGUGCUAAUGAAUUUACUCGCGGUAGUGACCUAAAGGCUCACAUGAGUACACAUACUGGAGAUAAACCCCAUGGCUGUGAUUUUUGUGGUAAACGGUUUAGUCAUAUUAGUAGUUUGCAGAAACACAUCAGAAUACAUUCAGGCGAUAAACCUCAUUGCUGUGAUGUAUGUGGUAGAAGGUUUAGUCAGCAUGGAAAUUUACAGAGACACAUGAGAACACACACAAAUAAUGAACCUCAUGACUGUGAUAUAUGUGAUAAACAGUUUGAUCGGUAUAGUAGUUUAGAGAGACACAUGAGAACACAUACAGGUGAUAACAAUCAUGACUGUGAUGUGUGUGGCAAAGAGUUCAGUCGACCUAGUCAUUUACAGGCACACAUGAGAACACAUACAGGUGUUAAACCUCAUGAGUGUGAUGUAUGUGGGAAAGGGUUUAAUCAUCUUAGUAAUUUUAAAAGGCAUAUGAAAAUACAUACAGGCGAAACAUGUAAACCUCAUAAUUGUGAUAUAUGUGGCAAAGUGUUUAGUCAAUCUAGUAGUUUAAAGAGACAUAUGAGAAUACAUACCAUGCAUACAGUCGAAACAUGUAAACCACAUUAUUGUGAUAUAUGUGGGAAAGGCUUUAGUCAUUUUUGUAGUUUAAAGAGACACAUGAGAAAACAAACAUGCAAUUUACCUUAUGACAGUCAUGUAUAUGGUACAGGGUUUACUCAGCAUUGUGAUAAAGAGAUUCACAUGAGAAUACAUACAGACAAUACACUUCCUAGCUGUGAUGUAUAUGGUUAAGGGUUUAUGCAGCAUUGUGAUGAAGAGAUUCACAUGAGAAUACAUACAGACAAUACACUUCCUAGCUGUGAUGUAUUUGGUUAAGGGUUUAUGCAGCAUUGUGAUGAAGAGAUUCGCAUGAGAAUACAUACAGACAAUACACUUCCUAGCUGUGAUGUAUUUGGUUAAGGGUUUAUGCAGCAUUGUGAUGAAGAGAUUCACAUGAGAAUACAUACAGACAAUACACUUCCUAGCUGUGAUGUAUAUGGUUGAGGGUUUAUGCAGCAUUGUGAUGAAGAGAUUCGCAUGAGAAUACAUACAGACAAUACACUUCCUAGCUGUGAUGUAUUUGGUUAAGGGUUUAUGCAGCAUUGUGAUGAAGAGAUUUGCAUGAGAAUACAUACAGACAAUACACUUCCUAGCUGUGAUGUAUAUGGUUAAGGGUUUAUGCAGCAUUGUGAUGAAGAGAUUCGCAUGAGAAUACAUACAGACAAUACACUUCCUAGCUGUGAUGUAUUUGGUUAAGGGUUUAUGCAGCAUUGUGAUGAAGAGAUUCACAUGAGAAUACAUACAGACAAUACACUUCCUAGCUGUGAUGUAUAUGGUUGAGGGUUUAUGCAGCAUUGUGAUGAAGAGAUUCGCAUGAGAAUACAUACAGACAAUACACUUCCUAGCUGUGAUGUAUUUGGUUAAGGGUUUAUGCAGCAUUGUGAUGAAGAGAUUUGCAUGAGAAUACAUACAGACAAUACACUUCAUAGCUGUGAUGUAUAUGGUUAAUGGUUAAGUCACCAUGGUAAUAAAGAGAUUCACAUGAGAAUACAUACAGGGCAAUACACAUAAUGACUGUGAUGUUUGUGGUUAAGGGUUUAGUCACAAUGGUAAUAAAGAAAUUCACAUGAGAAUACAUACAGACAAUACACUUCAUCAUGUUCAUAGCUGUGAUGUCUAUGGUUAAGUGUUUAGUCACCAUGGUGAUAAAGAGAAUCACAUGACAAUACAUACAAAGCAACAUGGUUAAGGGUUUAGUCGCCAUGGUGAUAAAGAGAAUCACAUGAGAAAACAUACAGCCUUUACUUGGCAAUACACUUCAAAACUGAGAUGUAUGUGGUUAAGGGUUUAGUCACCAUGGUAAUAAAGAGAUUCCCAUGAGAAUACAUACAGGGCAAUACACAUAAUGACUGUGAUGUUUGUGGUUAAGGGUUUAGUCACAAUGGUAAUAAAGAGAUUCACAUGAGAAUACAUACAGACAAUACACUUCAACAUGUUCAUAGCUGUGAUGUAUAUGGUUAAGUGUUUAGUCACCAUGGUGAUAAAGAGAAUCACAUGACAAUACAUACAAAGCAACAUGGUUAAGGGUUUAGUCACCAUGGUGAUAAAGAGAAUCACAUGAGAAUACAUACAGCCUUUACUUGGCAAUACACUUCAAAACUGAGAUGUAUGUGGUUAAGGGUUUAGUCACCAUGGUAAUAAAGAGAUUCCCAUGAGAAUACAUACAGGGCAAUAGUUUAGGGUUAAGUCACCAUGGUGAUAAAGAAUCGCAUGAGAAUGCAUACGGGUAAUACACUUCAUGACUGUGAGGUAUAUGAUUAAGGGUUUAGUUACCAUGGUAAUUUACAGAGAUACACAAGAGCACUUAUUGAUUGAAAAUCUCAUAAAUGGCAAUAUGUGGAAAAUAAUUUUUUAGAAGGGGUGACUUUUAAGAUUCACAUUAAAAUACAGACUGAGGAAGAAACUCAUAAAUUGGUUUUUUUUUUGUUUUUGUUUUGAAGAAUUCUUUUUUAGUUCAUCUGGCUGUGCAAUCAUGGUCGACAUGGUUAAAAAUAGACAAUAGUGGUAAAAUGCAGUUUUUAUACGCCCGUUUAAGGGACGUAUUAUGGUAUACCGUUGUACGUCCGUCUGUCCGUCCAUCCGUCGUCAACAUGUCGGACAUUAACUCAAAAACGCUUUAACCAAUUUGCUUAAAACUUUGGUGAAUUGUUUAUAUCUAUUGACGUCAGCUCCCUUUCGUUUUUUAUAAAUUUUAGAUUUUAUGUUUCCGAGUUAUGGGGUUUUAUUCAUUAAAAAAGGGGGAUUUUCCAGUUUUCGGACAAUAACUCAAGAAUGCUUUCACCAACUUGCAAGAAAUUUUGGUUAAUUGUUUAUAUCUAUUGACAUGAGCUCCCUUUGGAUUUUUAUAAAUUUUAGAUUUUACGUUUCCGAGUUAUGGGGUUUUAUUCAUAAAAAAAAGGGUGAUUUUCCAGUUUUCGGACAAUAACUCAAAAAUGCUUUCAGCAGUUCUCAUGAAACUUUGAUGAAUUGUUGAUAUCUAUUGAUGUAUUAGCUCCCUUUAGAAUUUUAUAAAUUUUAGAUUUUACAUUUCUGAAUUAUGGGGUUUUAUUCAUAAAAAAAAGGGUGAUUUUCCAGUUUUCAGACAAAAACCUAAAAAUGCUUUCAGCAAUUCGUAUGAAACUUUGGUGAACUGUUUAUAUCUAUUGAUGUAAGCUCCCUUUAGAAUUUUAUAAAUUUUAUUUGUUUAUAGUCUGACAACAGAUUUACUAAGUAUUGCGCAACAGCACAGUGUAUUGCACAACAGCAAGAAAUCUUUAAUUGAAUAUAAAUUCAAUUCAUAUAACCAACUUCAAGUUCUUUGACUACAUUUAUUCAGAAACCUAUAAUAGAUGUAUGUCAAAUAUUUAAUUACAAUCCAAAUUCAGACCUGUAUCAAGCUUGAAUAUUGUGUCCAUUUUUGCCCCAACUGUUCAGGGUUAGACCUCUGCGGGCGUAUCCAGCUGCGCUCAGCGAAGCAGUUUAUUGGCUUAUAUCUCUGAAACUAAAGCAUUUAGAGCAAAUCUGACAAUCAGUCAAAAUGUUCAUCAGGUCAAGAUUUAUCUGCCCUGAAAUUUUCAGACAAAUCAGACAAGUUGUUGGGUUGCUGCCACUAGGCACUAAAUUGGUAAUUUUAAGGAAAUUUUGCACUGUUUGGUUAUGAUCUUGAAUAUAUAUUAUAGAUAGAAAUAAACUAAGAAGCAAUUUUAAAUGUUCUACAAAUAAGUCAACAUGACCAAAAUUGUCAAUAGACCCUCAAGGAGUUAUUGCCCUUCAAAGUCAAUUUUUAACAAUAAUUGUUUACUUAAAUUUUUACAAAAAUCUUCUCCUGUGAAACUACUCAAGAUAAAUUUAACCAAACUCUGCCACAAUCAUUAUUAGGGUAUUUAGUUUUAAAAAUGUGUCUAAUGACCCUGUCUGCCAACCAGCAUGGCCGACGUGGCUAAAAAUAGGGAUUAAAUGCAGUUAUUGACUUAUAUCUCUGAAACUAAAGCAAAAGUAUAAUUACAUUACCAUUUAUAACUAUGUUUUGUAUGUUUAUAUUUGUUAUCCUUCACUAUCUGUAUCAUAUAUGUUUGUAUAAAUUUGUGUUCGCUUAACCCAUAUGGGUGUAUUUUGCUAAUAAAAUUAUUAUUAUUAACCAAA